AUGACGCGAACCAGAGGAGCCAAAUCUUCAUUUCCUUCUAGCCGCAAUCGAGUCCCGCGAGAGGCGCCUAUUCAAGGCCCCAUUUCUGAACCUCCGCGGCCAAAAGCUGCUUCACCUCCGACGAAGCCCGCGCCUCAAAAUCCUCCGACGAGGUGUUAUCUCACAAGGUCAGGGGGCCGUCCCCUGCAAAAGAGAGCCAGGGUCGAAAGCUCAGAGCCCAUAGAAUUAAUAGAGCAGUCCCCGGUUCCCUCACCAGAGCCCUCUCCGGCACUAUCUUCGGCGCCGUCGUCAGAGCCUCCGGCGGAGCUUUAA